UCGUAAUAAUUGAAGAGGCGGCUUCGGCGGACGUAGCUGGUAGCGAGACACCGAACGACGAUACAAUUGAAGGUUAUCACACGGCGAAGUUGUCCGGCAUCCCUUCGGCAUCCGAUUCGACUACGUCAUCCGAUAGGAUGGUAGCGUCGACGCAGAGUUUGGAGGAUCUGGGCGUCAACCAUCCUGCCAACGCGGCAGGGAGCAACGCCGAUCGUCAGCAGCAUCAGCAGCAGCAUCUGCAGGAACGCUACGGUCAUGCCUACAGAUCAUCGGCGCAAACUGCUCAGGACAAGCGAUCGCGGUUGAGCAACGUAAUCAACAACCUUCGCAAAAAGGUGCCAGAUGGAGCAGCUAGCUCGGACUCGCCGAGGAAGGAAGAAGACGAUCGGAGUAGCGUUGAGAGAAACCUGGAAACUCUGGAGAAAUACGUGAUGACGGUGCUGAAUGGCGUGAUCAAGGACAACGAGGAGGAAGAUAAGAACGCAGAGAAGACAAAGGAGCUAGAAAGGCAGAGGAAAAGUAGUGAUGAAGAGGAAGAAGAGGAAGAGGAGGAAGAGGAGGAAGAAGAAGAUCCGACAGAUACAGCAGUCAAAUCUGAGCCUUCAAGCGAGGGUGAUAUCGAAGCAGCUGUUGUGCCACGAUUAGAGGACUCCUCGAUGAUCAAAAAUGUCGAAGACGAAUUUUCGGAGACUACAGACUUCUCGAGUACAAAAGAAACGAUAGAAGAAAGUUUACAAGAUUCGGAGGUCAGAAUUAGUCAAGAUUCAAAGAUAGAGGAAGAAGGUUUGGACGUUAAGGAGAAAGAAUCAUCCGAAGAUGAUCGAAGUGUUUCGAGGGAGAAGGAAAGUCGAACAUUAAGCACGAUUAUAAUGGACAGAUUGAGUGAGCAUCAGGUCGAGGAAAGAGCGAAUGUUGACGACGGCAGAGGAAACCGAACGCGUGAUGAACAUGCGGUCUCAGAAGAUACUACGGUGGGAGUGAUUUGCGGUGAAUUACUGGACGAUCUGUUGAGCGACAUCUAUCGUACUGUCGACGAUCAUGAGAACCUGCAAAAGACCGAAGAGUGUAAAAAGUCGAAGAAGACUGACGUGACCGAAUCGAGGGUGGAGACCAAAGACUCAAACAUCAGCGCUCAGGAGUUGCCCGUGACGGGUCUGCAUUGCAGUCUACCCUUGGACAAAGUCGCGUCUGUGCUUCAAAAUUGUCAGUCGAAUGAGUUGAUAACUUUACGACUCUCUUCAGGAUCGUCCUCGAGCCCUCCAUCGACUCAGAAGCCAAAACCGUCGUCCAAUACUCCACCGGUCAGAGUUCUCUGUCUCUAUUGCGACAGGAAGUUUCUAUCCAUGUCCCGGCUACAGCGGCAUACGGAGAAAGCACACCAGCUAGGCGGUGGCAGGAGAUCGGAAAGGAAUCUCCGGAAACCCUCCCAGAACUGUCAGUACUGCUGCGAGAAAUCUGCCGAUACCCUGGAGACGUUGUUCCAACACAUGGUCGCUAGUCACGGAGAUAAGUACCACGCGUGCGUCCAGUGUUUGACGAGGUACCUCACCCGGGAAGCUUUGGUGGGACACAUAAGCGAGACGCACGGGGGAAAUGCCGAGAAGAUCGGUCAGGUUCAGCCGGAGAAAAUUAAAGAAGGAUCGCCCCCCAACAGAGAUUUUUGUAGUCAAAAUUUACGUGAGAAGGUGAAUAUGUCGUCAGUUAGAGAGAAAAGAUCCGAAGAAAAGGAAUCGGAGGAUCAAGAUGACAGCCAGCGGUUAGACAGUAGUCGAACGAAACUCAUUGCGACGCGAGAAUCCAUCGAUAAUCCGGCCAGUCCUGAGUUUGACAGUUCUUUCUACAGCAAUGUGAGUUGCAACAUUCGUGAGAACCUGCUGCACCACCUGGACGGCAAGCUGCAAACGAUAAGCGGCACGUCGUCCUCGACGUGCACAUCACCGAUUGCUACCUCAAGCUCGACGGCGACGACGACGGAAUCAAAAUCGCCGCAACAACAACCGCAACAGUCGUACUACGAGCAUAGCGUCAAUCAGAUCCAAUUUCCUAUCGAUAUUUCACUAACCGCGGCGACCCCGGUUUACAGUAAAGACUAUUCGGCCAGCGAGGAGUACGAAAACUCGAGUGAACAUGCCCGGAAACCCGGGAAAAUGAGGAGCGGCUCACGACCUCGUCGCGUCUCUUUCGAGAAAUAUAAUUUCCCACGAAAGUACGACGGCAGGGAACAGUGGACGUGCUCGAUCAAGGACCUUAGCAAGUUUGACAUCUCCACGCAGCUGACACUCCGAAAAAAGCAACAGCUUAUUAAGGAACGUCUUGCUGGCAGCAAAUUACAUCAGACUCAGUUGAAAUCCUGCGAGAUAACUGAAGUAUCUCUUUGCGAACAGGAUCAGAUAGAGCCUGUUGAAAUAGCAGUGAGAGAUGAGGAUAACACUGAUACCGUUUGCGUGGUUGAUACGGGUGCCACGACUGUCGAUGUCCACUGCGAUGUUGGCGAACCACUUCCAAGCGAAACUAAAAAGGAGACAACAACCGAAUCAUCCGCAACGUUGUCGAUUAGUACGGAAUUCACUGUUGAAUUUGCAGAUUUUAUGAGACUGAGAAGGCGCGAGGAAAGCGACAAUGGGGUCACCGAUGCUCAGGAGAUCGUUUACACUGAGCUGAGCGGCGAAUGGUCACGAAUGCGAAUCUACAUUUGCGGCGCUUGCGGUUCCAGACACGUGACACUUAAAGAGAUGGAGGAUCACAAAGCUGCCACGCAUCCACGUGUUCUGUGCUCGCACUUCGACCUGGCCGGCGAUCAACGCGAAUGCUGCACGCAAUGCCUCUCUCGAGGAGAUGGUAUGCACUAA